AUGGACGAAGACGAAAAAGUAGCGAGGCCUGAGCCUCGGCCGGGCGAUUCUGAUGAAGAAGAAGACAUGCCAGAUUAUCGUGUUCUUUCAGCUCUUUCUAAGAAGCAUUUAUCUGCAGGAAGCGCUUCUGUGGAUGCACCUGCACCAUCUAUUCCUAAGCGUGGUGAGAAAGAUUUCGAGCCCACAGGAUUUGGCGGUCAAGUUAAAGCUCUGGACGAAAGCCGAAAUGCACUCUUCACAACGAUUUCGCUCCCUAGAGCGCACUCUAGCAAAACACUGUCUGCUGCGACCUGGGAUCCCCAAUUCCAGCGUGCUUUCGUACAUGUACAGCGAGGUCAAUCAUGUGUCCAUGUCGGUCUAUCUGAGCGAAGAAAACUUGAGAACGGUCAAUCUAUGACAUUUCUGGAGCUUUUUCCUGAGGAAGCUGUAUACCUUAUUGAGCGUGGCGCUUUAGACUGUCGGUGGACUCAAACACCAGGUUGCAUCCCAUCUCCCGACUCUUUCUCUACUUGUAUACCCAUCUCUGUUUCACAGGCGUAUUCUCACUUGUUAGGAACAGAUUCAUCGAACCUAGCGCGAUAUCAGGCACGAUCUUUGAAAAAUUGCAGAUCGUGA